CGGGCUGGACAGAACCCAAAAUACGCGCAGAAAGCUGACAGCCGCAAAAAAACAACAACUUUGGAGCCGAAAUAAUUCAAUUAAGUUCACCGGUAAACAAUGUGACCAAGUGCAGAGAUAACCUCUGCUGGGGACCUUCAGGAAAAAACGCAUGACGACGAACUUUGUCCGCUGCGAGAGGCGCACUGCACCAUGGCAUCCCAGCCGAGCGCACACAGUGAAGAGAGGAACCUUCUUCGCCGCCGAGCAUGGGAACAAAGAAUCCAAGAAACCAGCCAAACCAAAGAAGUUGAUGCUGAAAAUGCGCCACUCUUUGCAGAACCGUACAAGACGAACAAAGCGGAUGAGCUCUCCGAUCGAAUCCAAAGGAUGCUGGGCAGUUACGAAGAUGUGAAUAAUCCCGUGCCUUCUUCACUGGAGGCUUUACCCAUUCCUUCCUACGUUUCCGUAUCACAGUCGGAUCAGAACCAGCCAGUUGCAGAACAAUCAAGCAAAACUCUUUCCCACAAGCAGGACCUUCACAUGUCUACUACCCAACAAAGCCAGAAAGGGACAUCUGAUAGUGUUUACUCCUCAUCUCCAAACCACCGUGGACAUUCAUCUAGAUUUUCAGCUACAUCUUCGACCCACAGUCAGCUGAGUUGUUUAGGACGUCAUAUAAAGGAGAGUGAAGUCUUCCCAGAUCUCAGAGGGGCAGUCAGCCUUCCCCAGGAAGUGUCUGCCCCCUCUCCAGAUGCUAAGCCUCUUCCGGUCCUACAUUCCUGUGACCACAAUACUAACACAGACACCAGGGACACGUUCAAAAGGGAUCAGCUUCAAGGGUCUCCAGAUCUUUCCUCUGGGUUGACUGGCAGUGUGACUGUUUUUACAUUGAACAGCAAGCUUUCACCUAUAAAUCCACCUCCACCCCAAGUCAAGACCAGCACACUGCCCUCCCAGACAUUUCCUUCUCUGCUGUCGUCCAAGCAGGCUGGGAUAGUCAUGACCCAGAAGCCAACGGCCUACGUGCGACCCAUGGAUGGUCAGGACCAGGUGGUCCAGAAGUCACCUGAGCUGAAGCCAUCGCCAGAGCAUUAUGCGCCAUUACCAGAGCUGAUCACCAAAUCGGACAUUGCCAAAACAAUGAAAGUGCCUCAAUUCUUCGAGGCUCCAGCUGAUGAAGUUCUGUGUGUGGAAGAUAUCUUAAGGGAAAUGACUCUGCCAUGGCCCCCUCUGCUGACAGCGAUUCACACGCCAACCUAUGAACCAUCCAAGUCUCCAAUCCCAGCCAAGGAAGCAGAACAAGUCUCAUCAUGUCCAGAGCAAAAAAGCCUUGAAUUCUCCAGUAAAGAUUCAUCUCCUUACAAGCGGCUGAAUUCCUCAAAUUCCUUUGAAGCCACACAUUCCAGUGAUGCAGAGAUGAGGAGCUCCAGUGACAGCAGCUUAGAGUCAGACAGUGACAUUUCCAUUAAAGAGCCUCCAAAACCUCCAGAGCCUGAUGCUCCAGCAGCAAGUGAUCGGGACUGGCAGCUGGGAGAGCGGGUUAGCUCCCAUCAGCAGACCUUCAGCACUGAUCGUCAGACCCCCAAGCAGAGCAGUUCAGAUGCCAGUGAGGAAUCAAAGUCUUUUUCCCAGCAAAAAGCUCCCACAGACAACAUGGCUGUUACUCAGCAGAGCAGUGAAAGCGUCCAGGAUGCCUCUUUCAGCCAGAACAAUGGCAAAAAAAGCCUUUCUGAUGUAGGGAGCCGUCGCAGCAGUUCAAGGAGACUUUCAAAGCCUUCAGCGGCAGGGGGCCCAAAUCGCACUGAAACAGCUCUCAGUGUUAAGUCUGAGGAACUCGCAGCUCCAAAAACGGAGCAUAAUUUCACAGACAAUCCUGAAGUAAAAUCAAAAAUGGGUGAACACAAAAAGGAAACUGAAAGAGAAGCUAAAAGAACUAAAUACGCCAAACAUAAGAAGGCUGGAUUAGAAGUCGCGCCUGCGCCGCGUGGUCGCUGUCCAACCUGUGGUGUUCAUUAUCCUAAAUCCUGCUGCUGCUCAGCUCAGAGCCCUGCCCGGCCUGCUGCUCCAGUCAGAGUCGGCUGUCCCAAAAACAAUCCAGAGACCAAGGUGCCUCACAAAUCAACGCACAAGCAUUCACAUAAGGCCUCUCAGGCAGCAAAGGGUUGGUGGGACCAAUACCAGCCUCCUAAGUCCCUGCUGGUGAGGAUUGAUAUCAGUCUGCUCUCAAGAGUCCCCCUGAAAUCCAGUAAUAAUAAAGGGAUGUCCAGCAAUGCAAAGAGACCAGCACUGGCCAUAGAAAAGGAUGAAGCAAGCAGAGAGUCCUCUAAAGCACACAGACCUGGAAAAAGCAAUAAAAAGUCCCAAAAUGUUGAGACUAAAAGUCCUCCCAAGAAGAAGCUUAAGUUGGAAAACCAGAAAACCUCAUUAAGUCGUGCUUCUGUGAAAGUAGAGAGUUCCAACAAACCAGACAAGGAGCAAAAGAAGGCUAAGAAAACAUCUCAGGACCUGGCAACAUCCAAAGACGCCACUAAAGCUCCAAAGAUACAGAAUCCCUGUUUUGCAACGGUACUAAAGAUCAGCAAGGAGAAUGCCAAGGGUAAGGACUCCAACAAGCACAAGACAAUUAAAGGAAAACACCCACAACCCUCACUUCAUAAAAAGAGUCAGGCCAAGACCCCAAAGAGCGGUCUGGAUGUGCCGUCAGAUUUAAAGCCCCAAAAAGGAGCUGUGAGCAACAGACCCUUGCUGAAUUUUGACAAGAGGCAGUAUCCAGUGAACCAUUACAUAAAAGAGGCAAAAAAACUGAAGCACAAGGCAGACGCUGAGCAGGACAAGCUUAGUAAAGCUUUCACCUACUUGGAGGCAGCCAUGUUUUUUGUUGAGAGUGGCAUUGCCAUGGAGAAAGAUCCACAGAUUUCAGGGUCUUCCUACACGAUGCUUGCAGAGACGGUGGAGCUGCUCAAAUUUGUUCUGAAACUUAAAAGCCCAGUGGGCUCAUCAGCUGCACCCCCAGAAAAUGACUUUUUAGCUUUAUGUUUAAAGUGCCAGUCUCUUCUUCACAUGGCCAUGUUUCGCCACAAACAAAAAACUGCAACAAAGUUUUCAAAGACCCUUACGGAUCACUUUCAAAACUUCACUCAGGUGUCACGCAAACAGCUCUCCUCAGCAAAGCUAGCAGAAAAUCCAUCGCCCAGCGUGCCGUCUCCAGCCAGCUCCAGCUCAGGUACCGGUUCGAACCACAGCGGCUCCGAGAUCGCUGCAGUCGGCAGCACUGUGGCGAUUCCUCAAAACAUAGAACAAGUGGCCUUUUCCUACGUCAACAUCACCACGUUAUUUCUAAGUGCUCAUGACAUCUGGGAGGAGGCAGAGGAACUGACAUUAAAAGGCAGCGGUGUGCUCACAGAGCUGGACGCCACCAUGGGUCCUCUGAGCCUGAUGUCAAAUAUGAGCUUCAUGGUCCGCUACAUCAGACAAGGUGUCGACUGGUUAAGGCUGGAAAGCCGAAAGCUUUGAUGCUGGACGCCUACGCUUUCCCCGGAAGUGUAUCUCAGACUUAUCUGCAUGUUUAUGCCUCUGACAUCACCUUAUUUCAUUAACAAAGUGGAUAGCAGAUGGCUGUGGAGGUGGCUCAUGAGAAAAUGUUCAUUUUCUCCCACGGACAAAGACAUCUACUUUCAUAUCCAUCAUGUGUAUUUUUAUUAUAAUUUUUGUGCGUGUGUGUUGUAAACAAACGUGGGGGGAAGCAAAUCAGAUAUUGCCAAAAGUGCCAUGUUGGGGCUUUGCAAAUUUGCCCUCUUAAGAUCAUCUGCUUGUGUCCAAGUAUUGUGAGCUCUAUUGUUCCUUUUUUUUAGUAUUACGAUCUCUGAAGAGUCGGUAAUUAGAAAACCUCGGCACUUGACUCACACCAACCUCCAGGUGUCUCUGCAGGCAUCAUGUUCUUCAUUUCAUUGUCAAACGUUGGCUUGACCUGAUGAUCCGUGAUCAUCAGGUCAAGCCAACCUGAUCAUCACGUGACCCGAUGAUCAUGUUGAACUGCAAGUUUGUUGCAGUAGUGCCACACAUUUAUGGAUCGGUCUUUAAUUUAUUAUUUUAGCUUAACGUUUGGCUGGGGUUCUGAAUUUUGUUUAUGUGCAAUAAUCAAAAGUGAUGGAUAACAGGUGCCUUACUAAGAAGUUGAAUUAGAGGAGACUUGACUAUAGUUUGGUUCUUGUCAGACACUGUAAGGUGCAGAAAGCUCUGAGCAACAAGUGCAGCUGGAGUGUUAGUGGCAUAAACCAGUUCUUCUUCUUUGUCUGAAUUUGUUCUGCUGCUGUCCAAAGUUGGUGUGUAUAAUGAACAUGAAGUUUUCUCUGGUUGAUGGUGGUCUUAUUGUUGCGGUGUUGGGUUCGUCAGACCAAAUCUAAGAAAGAUUCUCAGAGUAAACAUAGAAAUUGUUUUGACGAAGAACUUCUUCGUCUCUGUUGUUCCUCCUGUCAGGAACAGAUCCUUACAGUUUGAUUGUGGAAGCAACUUUGAAGUUCAGCCAAAACUUUGCUCUAUUUGGUGCAUCAUGGUUCCUCUCUUUUAAAAUCAAAAGUCAUAAUAUCAAGAUCUUGCUUUGUGUUUCCAUGUGCACAACCGCCUUAGCAGCUAUUGGUUGUAAAAUUUCAACUUGAUCAAAACAAUCAUUAUUAAUGACGGACGAUGAACUUUGAAGACGGUUAACAGAGAGAGAGAGUUUUCUGGAUUUUGAACACCAAACUUUUAUAUCAAGUUGCCUUUACAGCCUGGAAGAAUUUUUACAUCUGUUCAGAGAAAAUGAUUCAAAGAGGUAAAUUUUGUUAUAUAAUUUCAUAGUUGUGGACAUUAGCCAGGAUCUUGCUACAGUCAUUUCCAUUUGUUUUUAUAUUUUGCCAUAUUUCCCAUAUUCUAUAGAGCUGCAACAUCCCACCUAAAUAUGUAAGAGGUGGACAAUUUAGGAAAUAAUGCAGUUUUUUUUUCUCAACAUUUUAUUUUAGAUAUAUCUGUGUGGCUGGAUUAUGCUUGUUUGACUCAAAGCAAUAAGAUGUUAUGUUAUUACAAUUCUUUAUUAAUAUGCAGGGAAAUUGCUUUUGGUGUGACAUGCUGAUAAAGAAGGUCUAGACUAGCGUAGGAAUAGCACUUGGCGUUUCUUAACUUAAUUGUUCCUAGCUUUAUUACUUUCAGCUAUGCAAUUUAUAUGUUUUAAUUAAGAACAGAGUGCCAUGUAAUUGGGAGCUAUUUUUUUUUUUUACGUUGGAACCUUCAGCAGGAUGUCAUUGAAAUGAGCUUUACAGUUUGGGAUGGAUGGUCGUCUACCCUGCUCACGAAGGGAAACUGCAACGUUCGAUACUUUUUUGUCUUUUUUUUUUUCUGUUCAAAUCCUGUGGCUCUAAUUUCAUCAUUUGUUUUUGCUAUUUAAUUUAUAAAUUAUAUUGUAACUAAUUGUCCAAUUGUGUUUUGACUGGAAACAAAAUCUUCAGACCAGUUUUUGAAAGAUGUUUCUUUUUCAUUUCGUGAAAAUUUGUGAAACUGUGUUGCAGUGUACAACGAUGAAUAAACACUGGAAACUAAAUUGCA